ACAUAAUUCCUGGAGAAUCUUCAGAGCCCAGCUCAAUCACAUCAAGGUCAGGGGUGAUGGCUGUUCUCUCCAUCCUCGUCCUGCUGGCUCUAACAGAUGCAGCCACAGGUCUGCUCUGGAAAAAUCACAUUCAUUACCAGGCGAAUAUGAGCUGGACCGAUGCUCAGAAAUACUGCAGGAGCCAUGAAGUAGAUCUGUCAGUUUUUGAAGCAGACUGGGAAUUUAACAUUUUCGCAAAUCAAUCAGCUGGGAUGAGUGGCUGGAUUGGCCUUAGAAAAAAUCCAGGUGAGACAUCGUUUACAAUGUGGUCUGAUGGAAGAGUACUGACUUUCACAAAGUGGAAAGAUGGGCAACCUGACAAACCUGACACAGAAGACUGUGUGUUCACUGGCAGUGAGUGGGAAGAUGGUGACUGUACAAAUGUUAACUCCUUCUUCUGCUACACUUGGACACCUCACUUGUUUGUGGUACAGGAGAUGAUGAACUGGGAAGAGGCUCUGGUGCACUGCAGAACACACUACACUGACCUAGUAAGCCUCAACACAUGGCUAGAUUACUAUGCGGUUAACAGCAAGAGUAUAGAAAUUUUGACACCCACUUUCUGGACCAGUCUACGAUUCAUGGAUGGCUCAUGGUUCUGGGUGAACUAUAAUUUUUGGGCUCUGACUUCAUUGCCUUCAUGCCCUGUGAGGCCUUUCCAAUGUGGUGCGUUUAACAUUCAAGAAAAUGUCUGGCAGAACAGAGACUGCGAGGAGAAAAUGAACUUCAUUUGCUACUCAUGGUGAAGAGGAUCACUGCAAUCAAGACUGGCACAAGAUGCUGAAGAAACAAAGAACAGAGAUGCUGAGCAGAUUCAAUAAUUAAUUCAAAAAUUUUAUUUCAGUACUUAAUAUUUACUCCUACACUUGUUGUAGUCAAUAGUUUUUUAGUAAAUGUUUGUUUAAUCCACUGUAAAGGAUACCGUUGCCCAUAAGUGUGAUAUGCCAUAUUCUAUAACACAUGUUGUAAGCUUUUUCCAUGUACUUGGAAGGAUAUGUGUAUUUUAUCCUCCAUCCUUGUAGUGAUAAUAAACAUUAAAUAAAAUGGUCAAG